AUGGAAAGCAUUAUAUCACCUGCGUUUAGUUCUGAUUUUUCAGUAUCAUGCAAAAUUAACAUCAUUGAAAUUAAGAUUACGAGCAGAUUGAGCGAAAAGUGCUUCAAAGGUAACGGAACAAGAGCGAAAAAUCCAAGAACGCAUAAUACUUAUUGGAUGGAUCAGUACAGUCUUCAAGGCGCUUUGUUGUCUUCAUUAUUGUAUGGAGCUGUUACAAGUGGAAUGUAUGUAUCGCAGUAUCAAGAAUGUUUUAUUAAAGAAAUAUUGAAAAUAAUCGAAAAAUUGGGAAUUUCACCGACAAAAUCAAUGAAAUUCAAGACUCAUGUUUGGUGCUUAAAGCCUCUGAAUAUGCAUUGCACCUUUAAAGAUAAAUGGAUAGAUUUAACAUUCGUUACAAAUUCACUCUGCGGCUGUGAAAGUUUGUUGAAGUUCAAAGGAAUUUUGUUGACAAAUAUCAUCCUCAUUCAUCAAGGAAAUGUAACCUUAGCUUGA